AUGUUCAGUCUGAGCAGCUUUGCCUUCCUGUUAAACCAGCUGUUCAGAGGUAAACACAGAUGGGUGUUAGUGCGCAUGCGCGUGAAACACGCGCCGCAUUUUUUUUCCCCCCAUUACUUAACUUUCACGGCGUCAAAUGAGGAAAAAAACAUUUCUGGAGGCGAACAAAGUUCCCUCUCAUAUGAACAUUCCGUACACCUGUCCAUCACGAACCGGAUCUGCCUCCCCGAGGGGAACUGGAUUCGGAACCGGUCUGCAGGUCCACCUGCGUUCCCGGGCUCCGUGGUUUCCGUUCGUCUCAUCUUUGUUGUGAUCGUUUUAAGGGAGUUUUAUGCGCAGCCGCAGAAGAGCGUAACUUUACCUGAGGCUCCGCAGACUUUUUGGAACAAAGCUGCAGAUGAGAGGAGCAGCCGGAUCCCGCCGGGGAAUGACGGCGGCACCGCGGAUCUCCACCUUCUGUUACCGGUUUGUCUCGGUGAGAGACUCCUGACUUGAGCUGAACAUGACGGAUCCGAACCCUCCAGCUGCUGUCAGGGUGUUGGCAGCUGGAUCCGCGGGCUGUGUGGCGGAUCUGGUCACGUUCCCGUUGGACACCGCCAAAGUUCGGCUGCAGAUCCAGGGGGAAGGCAGGACGGCGGUGCAAGGUCAGACGGUGAAAUACAGAGGCGUGUUUGGCACCAUAGUGACCAUUGUGAGGACGGAGGGGCCGAGGAGCCUGUACAACGGGUUGGUGGCAGGACUGCAGCGACAGAUGACCUUCGCCUCUGUCCGGAUCGGCCUGUACGACAGCAUGAAGCAGCUGUACGCAGGAGGGUCAGAGAAUGCUGGACUCGGGACUCGUCUGUUGGCGGGCUGCACGACGGGAGCGAUGGCGGUGGCUUUCGCUCAGCCCACCGACGUGGUGAAGGUCAGGUUCCAGGCUCAGAUCCGGCUGCUUGAGAGCGGCACCGUGAAGCGAUACGGCAGCACCACUCAGGCCUACAGGACCAUCGUCAGGGACGAGGGUCUGAGGGGGCUCUGGAAAGGCGCUCUACCAAACAUCAUCCGUAACGCCAUCGUAAACUGCUCUGAACUGGUUACUUAUGAUGUCAUCAAGGAGCUCAUCCUGAAGAACAACCUGAUGACAGACAACAUGCCAUGCCACUUCACCGCAGCCUUCUCGGCUGGCUUGUGCACCACGGUUGUGGCGUCUCCGGUGGACGUCGUGAAGACCCGUUACAUGAACUCGGUGCCGGGGCAGUACGGUGGGGCUCUGAACUGUGCUGCAACCAUGCUGAUCAAAGAGGGACCCACAGCAUUCUAUAAGGGCUUCAUGCCAUCGUUUCUUCGUCUGCUCUCCUGGAACAUCGUGAUGUUUGUGAGCUAUGAACAGUUUAAAAGAGCUUUCCAGAGGAUUCAGCAGUCUUGGAGUUAACUGCAGAAGCCUGUCUGACCUGGACCUGAAGCUGCACCGGUGACUGCUGUGACUCUGAACCAUCAUAAGUUCUUUAAAGUUCCACUUGAAUGUCUUUUGAUCUAUUGUAAAAGCAGAGAUCUUUUAAUAAUGACACAACAGUUCUCUUAAGUAGUUAGUGAGACCAUUGGUGCAAAGUAAGCUCAGCUCCACUUCCCAUCAUCCAUCUGUCUCAAUUACAGUCUUCUUAACUUAACAUUACUGGUGCAACAAAAAUUGCAAGCAAUAUUGGACUAUCUAGUCCAGGAAAACAAAGACGUACAUGGAUCUAUUCGUGGAUGCAUCAGAAUGGAGCGGAGCAGGAAGCUUGCUGUUGUAGCUUCUGCCUCACAGCUACUAUAACUGCAUUUUUUUUAUUGUCUGCUCCCGAUUCAUAACAAUUUCAAUAAAUAAAUACUCAUAAUUGGAAUUUCAAGCUUAAUUUUCAUCCUGCAUUGUCAGAAAAAUGCCACAAGAACAUGUAAAAACUCUAUUUUCAACAGAAUUCCUCUUAAUAAAACUUUUAGAUUUACAACUUGUGCACUUUAAGUGUUGAAGUGUAAAAUUGAAAACCACUUUAGUACAUUUUUAUUAUAAAAAGCACUUAAAAAUUGUCAUUUAUGAACAGAACUCUAUUUUUGUCUCAUUAUUUAGGAGGAAUGCUAAGUAUUAUGUUGCUUAAAGGUUGCGUCACAUUUGAUAAUGACUUUUACUAACUGGAAUCUUUACAAAACCAAAUGAAUACCUGAGAUAUUUUUAGGUGUCAAUGUUUGUUUCAGUCAAAUACUUCAAUGCAAAGCACACUUUGAAAAAAUAAACCUCUCCCUGAUAGGUUUUAAAAAAGGUUAUUAUCAGUCUAUUUAUCCUGGUUUAGGAAUCUUUUAUUCUUGUUGACAGGUGGGGCUUGAUUCCACAAACAUUAAAGUUUACAGGAAAUGGAGGAAGAAUGAGAUUAAAUAUAACAUUUUGCACCUAUUGAGCAAAAAAGACCAUUAGGAGGCGGGCACAGAGUAUUAUUAAUAUAUUAUUAAUAAACCCCAAUGUUCUAUUUUCUAUUCCUUCACUUCCUUCUUUAAAAGAUGCCUAAAAAUAUAAAGGUGGAGAACAAACACUUUAUUAGAAAUUACAAUUGUUUUAAACAGUAAAAGGUAAAGCACUCCCUCUGCUGGUUUAAUUUGGUACUACAUUUUUAUAUUGCAUUUCUUUUUUUUCCUAAGAUAAAAAUAUGAAUGGUGGUUGAAAAUGUGUUAACAAAAUUUCUUCAAUAAAAUCACAAAGAUUUCAUAUUUUUUAAC